AUGAAGAGCUUCACUGAUGCAAUUGCCAUCAUCAAUAAGAAUAGAGAAAAUCAGAUCUUAGGCCUGCAGCAGGAGAUUGAAUAUUUACACAGACAGAUGACUACACUGAACCUGAAGAUCUCAUUACAAUUAUUCACAACCUCUUCAGAAGUGUAUACAUUAUCAGAGACUGCUGUGCAGGAUGAGAAUCUGAGUAUGAAAUAUAUUAAGUCAGGAGAUCUGUCAGAGCUAUCAAGCUUUAAUAAUAACUGA